GAAGAAAAAAGAGUUGCCAGAGCAGACUGAUCCGCCUUCUAUUCCUAUUAGUGAACUCUUCCCAUCUGGGGAGUUUCCCGAGGGUGAAAUUCAACAGUACAAGGACGAUAACUUAUGGAGGACCACAUCCGAGGAAAAGAGGGAGUUGGAGCGCCUGGAGAAACCCAUUUAUAAUUCAGUUCGACAAGCAGCAGAAGUUCAUCGUCAGGUACGCAAAUACAUCAAGAGUAUUUUAAAGCCUGGGAUGUUAAUGACUGACCUGUGUGAGACCCUGGAGAACACUGUCCGUAAGUUGAUAUCGGAGAAUGGUCUACAAGCAGGCAUUGCCUUCCCUACAGGAUGCUCGUUAAACUGGGUUGCAGCUCACUGGACCCCGAAUUCUGGAGAUAAAACUGUGCUUCAGUAUGAUGAUGUGAUGAAAUUGGAUUUUGGAACUCAUAUUGAUGGACAUAUAGUUGACUGUGCCUUUACAGUGGCAUUUAAUCCUAUGUUUGGUCCUUUGCUUGAGGCCUCACGUGAAGCCACAAACAUGGGUAUCAAGGAGUCAGGAAUUGACGUCCGCCUUUGUGAUGUUGGUGCUGCAAUCCAAGAAGUCAUGGAAUCAUAUGAGGUGGAAAUUAAUGGAAAGGUGUUUCAAGAGAUGCUUAGUGGGGGAGAUUAUGAGGUCCUCUACUUUUUAUGUGGUCUUGCUUGGGAAAUUACUAUGGAGAUUCACGGCCUACUUGCUUAUGGAUUAUGGACCCUCUUCAUGGUGGCCUCCAAUACGGAGGCAUCUGAUUGGGAGUUUUUAUGCAGUGGUACACUGAUGUGGCAUCCUGCCUUUGGAGGAAUCAACACGAUUGGAAGAGCAGCCAGUGGUGGAACUACUGGGGCAUUUGUGGGGGGUUGA